AUGGCCGCCCUCCGCCAGAGCUUCCAGGCGCUGCGAGUGGCCGCAGCUCGUCGUGUCGUAGCUCGAUGUUUCAGUGCAGUACCACACGCUGCCGACAAGUUUGUCGUGGAGUUCCCAGAAGAACACGAAGGGCUAAAUAUCGAGUUUAACUGGUCGCUCGCCGAUGAUGACGUGACGCCACAUGGCGAUGCCUUCCGCAACCUCAGCUGGCCUAAGCUCGAAGCCCUUGCACAGCAGGAGACACCAGGUGACAAGAAGGUAACCAUCAAAGAGGUGGACGUCAACCUCGUGUUUAAUGACUUUGAGCACCUGUACGAGCAAGUGACAGAGCAUCUGUCGACCGAGCCGAACUUGUACACACAAGACGGUGCUGCCGGCUCGUUCAAGGACGACCGCACGCGUGUGCGUGUGAUCUCCGACUCGCCUUUAGUAGCGCUGUUUGCUCAGAGUUUGCUCGUGCGGGUGCCUAUCAAGGACCCGCAUGCUGCCCGUCCGAUUGUGGUUUAUGUCGCUACUGGCGGCGAGUACAAGGGCCAAGAGCCACAGGCGCAGCUGUUGGUGGAUAAUAAUGACGAUGGCAUGACGUUUGUCAAGGUCGUGGUCACGGGGGCAGCUGAUCUCGCGACUGUUAAGGACGCUAUUGGAUUGGCAAAGAAAAAGUUGCUGGAGAUGGCGGAGUCCGAGUCGCUUGUGGUUCCAGCUGAUGUGCUGCUCAAGGACAACAAGACAGCACUGGUGUUCAAUGCUACGAGUGCUGGACGAGCUACGGCGAUCAAUAACGGUCAGCUAUACAGUGCUCACUUGAACAUUUGGAACCCAGCGGGUGUGACAUCGCUGUAUGGGGGUGCGAUUGUAGAGGAUGCCCACACGGUGUCAAAGAAGCACGUUGUGGCGGUGAAGGGCGGUGCAGCAGUGUAUGUGCCGUGCAACAACCUGGUGGAUCAUCCGAAGGCUGCCAUCUUUGUCGACAAGGCUGGGAAGGGCGUGAAGUCGAUUUCGUCGGCAGAAGCUGCUGCGUUGCUGAAGAAGGUGGACGCGGAUGUUGACACGGAGAAGUUCCAGGCGCUACUUGCGAAAGCCGACACCAAGAGCUUCGUUGUGUCGAGUGACGCAGACGUUGAGGCUGCCCUGGCAAAGCUGUAA